AUGACCGAUAUGCCGCUGGCAGUGAAAUCACAGUCAGCCGUUUCUGAUUCACCUGAUGGCCAGGCUUCCCAUACGGCAAAUAUAUCGUAUGUAAUUACGGUCCGGGGGGAAAUUUUAACAAUGAACAUCCAUACGAGGCUGGUACUUGCAUUGGCCAUUAAAUUGGGACUCACCUACUCAAAAGUGGACUUCUCGUGUCUAACAACAGUACUUAACCGACGCAUGUGUAUUUGUGUUCGUCUAAUUUGA